CCUGGAACACACACACACACACACACACACACACACACACACACACACACACACACAGACAUACACACCUGAAGGGGCUGAACAUGACUGUUUAUAUGGGUGGCUAUUACACAAGCUGAUGAUAACAUGGACAAAGGACAAACUGACUGACAGAUUGAUGGAGACUUGGACGCAGUCGGUUUUCACGUAGAGGUAGAAUUACAUUGCUACAUUUUACUUUAUGUGGAAUAUCCUUUCUGUGGAUACAAGUUUUGUGAUAUUCAGACUGACUCUUUAAUACGAGUUUGGGAGAGAUUUUGUGAGUUGAAGCUGAAUUGGAGGUGGAAGUUGCGUGAAAAACACACAAAGCAGCAAGAGGAGGAUUGCUGAAGACUAGAAGAGAAAAGUAUCAAUAUAGCACGACUCUACAUAGGCCACCGUAAGACAGCAGCGGAGUAGACGAGCAAGAUGGAGGAGUUGAAAGAGAGAGGAAGGAAAAGAGAAGGAAGACACAGAGAUACAUGGGAUCCAUUCCAGCUGAACCCCAUAGGAGCUGAGAAGGAAGCUAAGAGAAGAUGUUUCCAACUGGCCCAGUACCUGGUUGCUGUAAUUGUGGGGUUAGCUGUCCUGACCAGUGCUGUUAUUUCCAAGGGCUCUCUCUUGGUGCUGACGACGAUGUCCAGUCCAAGCUCCAUGCGCUCCCCAAAGGAAAAACAGUUCUAUAUGCUGAUGUUGGUGUUCUGCCUGGUCUGGCCCAACUUCCUGGUGUUUAUGAAAUCACUGUGGAGAUGUGCCUUCAAGAGUUUUGUACAUCCCAACAUGAACACCAUGCUGUUUAUUUUUGCCAUUGAGUGUCUGGUGUCUCUUGGUACCUCAGUCCUGGUGCUAGUCGUUAUGCCUCAGUUUGACGUAUUGACUAAUCUCUUCAUCACCGGAGGUGUCUGCAUUGUGUCUGCGAUUAUGCAGAUUAUAUUCAGACUACAGAGAGAAACUUGGAAAAUCGUGUUCCCAAUCUGCUCCCUCAUUCUCACAGUUGCUGGUUACUGCCUCCUGGGAGCUGACUACUAUGUGCGUGUAUCAUCAUAUGUGGAUAGACAGAGCGACGACUGCUUCAUCUACGUUGGAAUUGGAAUUUUCUCUUCACUCCUCGUAUCCCUCUGCUGGUGGGAAAAUCCACUGCAAGCUACAAACCGCAUGCAGGAUAGAUUGUCAGAAUUGGACGGUUUCAGGGACUUUGUGUUUGUCAUCAGCAGUAUUCUGAGGAUACUGGUGAUAGGCGGGGUAUACCUGAUCUAUCAAGUCCUUAUUCAGAAGUCAGUUGUCUGGCAGGACUUUAACCUACAGGGUAAUGACUGGGAAUUACUGCAGAUAGGACUCGUGCUGUUUUUCUUACAGGCAUUGUGCUCAGCAGCCUGCCACUGGUUUGGGGUGGUGGCUUGUAAGAUUCAUGCAGUCAGGAUGAGUUUUGCACUGCCAGUAUGCUGCACAGGACCUUUUGUGCUACUGUUAGGAUUGGUACUUUUCGCAGCCCAGGCAAAAGAAUUGGGGGACACAAGCCAUGAGUCCAUCAAAGAGCUUUGUGGAAACUUGGUGCAGUUAAGCCAUAAGAACACAACCCCUGUGGUCUUAUUAGAAAUCACAAGGAGCAUCUGUCGGACCUCACUUAACAGCCACUACUUGCAAUGGCCUUUUGCCAUGCUUGGACUCGAGGGAAUGUGUAUGUGGUCAGGCUUCAUCACAUGUACUUACUACGUAUGGAAGAUCAAGGUCCAGCGCAUAGAGAGAACCUCUCAGCUCUUUGUUCGUCGUCUCUAUGAAUCUGCUUUCAUUGACCUGUCUCUGCUGCUCAACACAAAGAUGAAAGUGCCACGAGCCAAAAACCAAGACAGCCAAGAUGACAUACAGAGCUGUGUCAUCUAUCUCUGUGCAACCAUGUGGCAUGAAACCUAUGAUGAAAUGCUGAAGAUUCUGACUUCCAUGUUCAGGUUGGACCGCUAUCGAGGAGAUCCAAAAGAGGACCAUAAGGACUGUUUUGACUUUGAGUGUCACAUUUUUGUGGAUGAUGCCUUUAUGACUGAAAAAGAGACAGGAAAAAGGCUGGUUAACUCUUACGUAGAUGACUUGAUCAACGUUGUCAUAGAGGUUUAUAGGGUGUUUACCAACAAGGAACCUGAUGAUGUGUCAAUCAUUGACACCCCCUAUGGUGGCAGGCUGAUGUUUGUUAUGCCAGAAGGCAACAUGCUCUAUGUUCACCUAAAAGACAAAGGUCUCAUCAGGAACAAGAAAAGAUGGUCCCAGAUUAUGUAUCUAUAUUAUCUACUCGGCUGGAAGGGCUACAUCGCCAAGAACCCUCAGAAGAUCCAACGCCAGAAUAACCCAUGCAGAGAAAGUCUGAUCUCAAUGUAUGGCGAGAUUUACAUGUUGCCCCAAUAUGACAGCGACAACAAGAGAAGACUCAUCUCAGAUGACAACACGUACAUCCUGGCUCUGGACGGAGACACUGACUUCCAACCUAAAGCUGUGAUUCUGCUCGUAGACAGGUUGAGGAUGUAUGACAAUGUAGGUGCAGCCUGUGGUAGAAUCCAUCCUACUGGAAUGGGUCCCAUGGUGUGGUACCAGAAGUUUGAGUAUGCUGUGGGUCACUGGCUACAGAAGACAGCAGAGCAUGUGUUUGGCUCCGUGCUGUGCAGUCCAGGAUGUUUCAGUCUGUUUAGAGGGUCGGCCUUAAUGGAUGAUAAUGUCAUGAAGAGAUACACGACAACUGCAACAAGAGCUUCGGAAUAUGUGCAAUAUGACCAAGGGGAGGAUCGUUGGCUGUGUACUUUGUUACUUCAACAAGGGUGGCGUGUUGAGUACAAUGCUGCAUCAGAUGCAUACACCAACUCACCGCAGGAGUUCAAAGAGUUCUACAACCAGAGGAGACGAUGGGGACCCUCCACACUGGCUAAUACACUGGACCUUCUGCACAGUGGUGCAGAGACUGUGAAGAGAAACACCUCCAUUUCCAGGCUUUAUAUCUUCUACCAGAUGUUCACUGUUGGUUCCUCUAUCCUUGGACCGGCCUCUGUGACUCUCAUGAUAGCAGGUGCUUUUCAGUUUGUCUUCAAAAUGACUGGUACACUGUCCAUCAUCGUUGCAAGCAUUCCUCCUGUGUUCUACAUCAUCGUCUGUUUUGUAGCCAAGCCAAAUAAUCAAAUAACCAUCGCUGGCAUCAUGAGUGUUCUCUAUGCAUUCCUCAUGACUGCAUCCUUCUUUUCUAUCAUCGGUGACAUGGUGAUUCAGGGAACCUUCCUGACCCCCACUGGCUUGUUUUUGGUUUCUAUGGCAAUCAUGUACCUGGUGACAGCUUUGUUACACCCAGAGGAGUUUGGGAUGAUUAUCUAUGGUCUGAUGUAUUUCAUCUGUAUCCCCAGUGGGUACCUUCUAUUGACCAUCUACUCACUGGUUAACAUGCACAUUGUGUCCUGGGGCACAAGGGAAUCCAACAAGGGAGAUGGAGAGGUGAAGAAGAACCAUAAUGCUCUGUGUGACAAGUCCUGUAAACUCUGCUGCUGGGACAUGAAGAUACAGAUAACCCAGGAAACAGAGAGUCUGAUUGUUCAACAAAUCACAGGCCCGAUUGCACAGCAAGCCCCUCCACUUCCAAUCACCAACCAGGAAACAACCGAACAGGCAGCCUCAAACCCAGAGCCCAAAGCCAGACUCGACACCACCACAGAAGAAGCUGAGGACAGAGCUAACAAACCUCCAACUGAUGAAAACAAAGGGAGAGAGGAAAGAAGUUCUGACCUUGCAUCCAAUGGAAGUAUUGACAGUGCUGAAAAAAGGAGCAUAUCACCGAGUAUAUCUGACGACGAUUAUGAUGAAGAUGAUGAUGACAACAUGAUCAGUAACCUGGAGGAGACAGAAGAGCUUCCUCUCAGUGACUGGGUGACACCGGUGAAAGAAGAGUUUUUGAAGAAGCUGACUUGUUCCAACAUGAAGAGGAACUUACAAGAACAAAUCCGAUAUGCACUCCGCAACAAAGCUGAAGAUGAUGUGUGCGAGGAGCUGGUCAUAAUGUUAACAGACACUCUUAAUGGAGCGCUAAGUGAAGUGGGGCCUGAAGAUGUUCUGACACAAAGCCAGCUGGAAGAAUUAGAGGAUGCACUGACAGAACAUGCUCGGCGCAUCCUUAAGACCAGUCAUGUGGAGAGAUUAGAAAAGAGAGUAAAGGUAGCCAUCCAUAAAACACUCACUGCCCCGCAGGUGCCAAAACUAGAUGAGGGUGAGCACGACUUCUGGAACAAGUUACUGGACCGCUACUUGAAACCUAUUGUUGACACUAAAGCACAUCAGGAGGACGUCACGAGAGAACUAAAGUCACUGCGCAACAAGGCGGUUUUCCUCUAUUUCAUCAUCAACGUGCUGUGGGUGGUAGCUACCUUCUUCCUGCAGGCCAUUGGAAAUGACGUCAUCAGCAUCAAGAUCCCUAAAUUCUAUCCAAACGGAACUGAAUCUGGAGAAUAUCUCAAGGUGGAACCACUCAGUUUGAUGUUCCUGUUGUCUUUUGCUGUUCUUCUCAUCGUCCAGUUCCUGGCCAUGUUAUAUCACAGGAUCUACACUCUGAUCCAUGUGGUGUCCUAUCGCAGUACAGAGAAAGACUACAAACAGAGAGACGAUGAUGACGAUGAUGAUGAGGGCUUAACUCUGGGGAACCCCGCCGCCAGGGGACUUUCCAUUACCAGUGAAGACCUGUAAUCUGUAACAACCAGUUACAACCAAUGAAACCCAACAGCAAGCACGCAUUGACAUCACCAGCGGCAACCAUCCAGUAGAUUGUUUACCACCUCAGGGCUAUUUCAUUCACCAAGGAUUUGCAAAUGACCAUCAAAUAAUUCUUUUUCUAAAUCACACUAAAUGUAUUUUAAUGAUGGCAGCCUGUCAGACAGUCUUUGACAAUGUCUUAAUCUUGAGUUCAAAGGAAACCAUAAAAUCUUUAGUUAUUCUGCAGCAGAUGUUUUGCCACAUUAGCGAGGACUGAGUGUUAUAUAGCUGGGGAGGCCAAAUGGCACAAGGGAAAUCAGUUGUAAGAGAUCUAAGAAACUUUGUCUGACAAAUCAAAAAUGAUGAAUUAUUAAGAUGUGAGCUGAGUUUUUUUCUGAACGUGAUCUCAGGUAGGAGUGAUUUAAUGAAAAAACACAUCAAUUAUUUAUUUGCAUGUACUUCCCCUUAAGACUGUUUCACUUUGUUUUACUAAUGUUGUUUUUAUUCUAAUCUCAUUUAUAUGGAUAGAGGAUGUUGUAGGAUGUGCAGAUUGUUAAACCCUCAGAGAUGUAAAUGCAGCUGCCUUGACUUGAACAUGACAGUCAAACACUCGGCCUAUGACUGACAGAGGCAGUAGCAGAUUCAGGUUCAGCCAGGAAAACUGUUGCUGGUUUCAAGUACAAAACCUUUUCACUCCAUUCUGGCAAGAGGACAAUCUGUGAUUUUAUGCUACAUCCCACUGUCGAUUAUUUAGAGGAGCUUAAAACAAAAUACAUUAAAAGCUCAAUAAUUUCAAUCAGUGAUGACUCAGAGAAGAUACAAUUCACAUAACUGUCAGAAAGUUUAUAGAAAAAUCAGUGUAAUCUAGUGAUUGUUCUUUUCGAGUACAUGUCUGUGUCACAAUCAGUUUUUCUUAUAAAUUACAUUAAUGUGCUGGAUCCAGAACAUUUUCAUUUGUUUAAGAAAAUGUAUAUUUCAACUCCUUGUUGAUACUUACUGCUCUCAGGGAUCUACAAAGCCCAUCCUUCCGAUGGAUUUAAAUGCUAUAUUUGCAUAUUAAAUACAAGUCAUAUUUUGAACAUUGUAUUGUUAAACUUUAUAUAUUUGGCACUUUUCUGAUAAUCUUAUGAUGAAGUUCAUAGCGUUGCUGUUAAAGGUUUUGGUCAAGAUUUUAUCCGUAUAAUUAUGUUUAAUAUUGCACUUUACAAAUGGGGAGAAUUUGUCUUGUAUUUUCCUUUUUCU